AUGAAUUUUCUGUUUUCAAAUGAUGAUGAUGAUGGAAACUUUGAUUCAUUUAUUACAUAAAAUUUGAAACCUGAACCUGCUAAAGAAAAACAUUCAAACAAAAAAUUAUAGAAAGAAUUCAAACCUAUUGAAAUCAAAAGCCAAUUUCAAUUUAUUUCUACUCCAAAAUUAAAAACUAAUUCAGGUCAAUAUAAAACAUCUCUAUGGGAUAUCAUGUUGUAACACUUAAACUAUCUUAAUCAAGUUGAUAAUUUUCAAUAAUAAAGAUCUAUACUUCCUUAUCCUUUGAACUCAUUUUUUCUGUCCAAAAUUUAAGAAUACAGAAAUAAAAAAAUUGAAGCAAUCAUAUGUGAAAUACAUGAGAUUGAAGAAUUCGGAGAUACAACUCAAAUUACUUUGAAAGAUCAAAGUGGUUCUUGCAAAGCUUCAAUCCUUUCUGAUUUAUUCACUGAUGAAGUAGAUGAUCUCAAACCCAGAAUUCAUAAUCCUGUCUAAAAAAUCCAAAAAAAAGAAGAUAUCUUGGUGUAUCUAGAAAAUGUAACAGUCUUUUCUCCAAACGAAUUCUAGAUUACUAUAAUUAUUAAUAGAGCCAACUUAAAAUUAGCAAUUUUCUGA